GGCUCGUGAUCGCCUUCAGGGUGUCGCCUGUUUCUGUGGAGGUGUAUGAUCAUGACAGACUCAUCAUACACCGGCCAGCAUCCACCUCCUCCCCGAUCCAGGCGCGUCGCUGUGCUUCUCCUUCCCCUGAUUUUGGGGUUGAUUUUCUGCAUCGAUUUACAGCCGGACUGCAGCAAGUCUGCACCGGGGGGGGGGGAAACCCACACAGCUCGGGCAUGCCAUCUAUAUGGACUGGAACCAUAACAAUUUGGGCUGAAUUUCGCUCCUUAGCUACUUGAGGAGUGAAAGUUGGUGCAAUGGAGACUCCGGGGAGUGAAGCUGCGUUCACUAUGUUUGGGAGAGCUGAGGAGAGGGAUGGCUUCUUUGAUCUGGAGCAUCUUCCCCCACUGCUGGAGGACGAGGAGAACGUGUCCCUGGCAGACAUCCUCUCUCUGCGGGACAGCUGUCUGUCUGAGGACGAGGUGUGGGCGGUGUGUGCAGAGUGUGUUGUAGCACUGCAGAGCAUCAGACCGUCCCACCUCUUUCACACCCUGUGCAUCACACCCGACACUCUGGCCUUCAACGCCCAUGGGAACGUUUGCUUCAUGGAGCAGCUCAGUGAUGAUCCAGAAGGCUCCUUUGUACCGCCGGAGUUCGACAGCACAGGCAGCACGUUCGAGGGCCAUGUUUACUCUCUGGGCUCUACGCUCUCUGCAGCACUGAACUUUGUCAUCGAGCCAGAGCUGGAGGCAGAUCUGGGGGAAGAAAUCCAGAAGCUGCUGGAGCAGAUGCAGGAGGAGACACCUGAGGACAGGCCUCUCCUGCAGCACAUCCUCUCUCUGGCUGAAGCCCGGCUGUCUCCUGCCUCCUCUGCAGCCGUGUGCAGAAAGCUGUCUUCUGUCGGUCGACGGGUGCUCUCCAUCGAAUCAGUUUCCACCUUUCAAGAUGGACAGGAAGGCUCCUGGGAGGCCCGAUGGCAGCAUCCCAAACCCAGAUGUCUGCUUAAAAGACUGAGCUCCGAUGAGAACAGCAAAGAGCUGUGUGUGGAUUCUUCUGCUAAAGCUAACGGGCUGUCCAGGAAGCAGGUGUGUGGGGGCUGGGAUUCCUCUCUCUGGGCCGAGGACAUGGACGGCAGUGAAGGAGACGGUUUGAUCACGGCGGACGAGUUGGACUGCAGGUCCUACAACAGCUCCCCAGUGAGGAGGAGAGCCCAGCAGAGGCUGGCCCGAGGGAGGGGGGCUCUGAACCGCUCCUGCUCAGUCCCAGACUCCAACAACCCCCCAAGUCUGUCCCCGACCGCACACGGAGAUAUCAGCGUACCUGUGUCCGACCUCUCUGAGAUAGGAGCGGAGGAACACCCGAGCUGCAGGUCUGUGUGGAGUGACAGACUUCAGAAACUGGAGCGGGGACAGUCCUGCGAGGCGUACUCACACAGCAGCUACGAGGACUGUGGGAACUCGAUUGUUGACAGAAUAUUUUCACAAGGAAAUGAGGACACUGCAGAGACAUUCUGCAGUAAAGACACAACAAUCCAAGAGAACCACAGAUGUGAAUGUAAUAACUGCCUCCGGCACACAGAGUCUCCCUGUACCUCCUGUCAGGACCUCGAGCAGGAGCAGGACUCUAAAGGGGAGAGCUCCCUGAACCACAGCCUCUACAUUUCCAACAACCACAUGACGAAAAGCAUGCUGUGCCUAAAUGAAGAAACUCAGGACGAGUGGAUCUCUCUCAGAGAGUUACUGACUCGGUGUGGACGGAGGCUGACCGUCAAUGAGCUCUGGGCUCUGUGUUACACCUGCCUGUCCUCACUGCAGACCUACAUCGACUUUCCAGCUUAUUUAUGCCUGGACACGGUGCAUGUUGGCAGCGAGGGAGAAGUACUCUUCUUGAAAACUAAAAACGUUGUGUUCCCUGCAGGAUCCAGAGAUGAGUUUUAUCUCGCUCCUGAAUAUCAAGAGCACGGGAUAGUGACUGAGAAGGUGUGUGUGUAUGGAGUCGCUGCUAUCCUCUGGACGACAGCCAAGUUCAGUUUGUCUCCCAAUCAAAAGCUGGCAAUGCCUCGCAAACUGAAGAGACUGCUGCUGGAGAUGGCCAAGAGGACGCCCAUUGAGAGACCCUCCAUCGUCAUGGCUCAAAAAAGCUGUCGUGACUACUUAUCACAUCAAGGGACAAAUGCUGAGACCGUGUGGAACAACCUCAUCAGAAGAGUCCACCCGCCAGCCUCGAAACCCGCUGACGCAGAUGGUCUGAAUGAAAAUGAAACUCAUCAAAGCUCAUGUGAAGAGUGUGUACAAAACCACAGCGGCUUUGUGCCCAUGGCCACUGAGAGCCGACUGGCUCCUGUGCCUGGCCCUGUUCCCCACAGCUAUCAAGUCCACAAGGAACUCCAACUCCCAGAGGCCUUCACUUCCACUGCCACACACUUCUCCCCCAUCAUCCUGACCAACGAAGGGGACUCUGAGGCUGAUGAGGACCCGGACCCUGGAGCUGCCAUUAAGCGGACUGUAGAUGGAUUCACACAAAGCAGUGAAGUGGAUGAGGAAAGGGGUCUUGAUUUCACCACACACCCUGACGACCUGUAUUCUGCUCAGACUGAACCCAAACUACAAAUACAGGACUUAACUCUCAACCAGACAGGACUAACUCCAACUUAUUACAACGAGACGAACUCUACAUCGUCUCUACCUGAUGUUUCCCGUAUGGAAGUCUCUCUCCCUCAGCAGUUAUCCUCUAACCUGAAUGGUUGCGGUGUUUUCAACAAUUACCUCUUCCAUCAGGAUCCCAGGACAGGUCAUCUCUCCUUGGUGCCUGUUCACGUUCGGGCUCCAGAGUCUCUGCUCGGGUUGGAAAUAGAUCUCUCCCUGGUGCCGCAGCCUCUGCAGGGGCUAAUCACAGCUCCAGGGAGCCCUGUUGGUGCUUUUAUGAACUGUCUGACUGAGCCUGAACACCAGGAUUACUGCACACCUUCACCUCUUUUCAAAGGCAGCUCCACUUUUUCUGACAGUCCACUGGAGCACAGAGUACAUCGAUAUUACAACAGACACACAGAUCAAGGAACACGCAAUGAGGACAGAGCUCCAUCUGAGUCCGUCUCCCCUAAAGUCCACCCGGCCCUGCAGGAAGUGAUUGACCUGCUCAAAGGAGAGUUCUCACUUAACGGGUGCCUGGACAAUGGACAUGAGGACAUAGCAAUGGGGGAGUACAUCUUCUCUCUGAAGGACCUCCAGUACCACACGUUUGCCAGUGUUGUGAAGGAGAGGUUCAGUCAUCUGUACUGGGAGGAGGACUUACUGGGUGUGUUGCACUGCCUGGUGAACUACAGCCUGUCCACACUCGGCUCUAAUGAGCAGCCUCCAUCAAAGACUGUGAAAAGGGCAGCCGUGACACCCCCCUCCAUCGCCACGGUCCGCGCAGAGAAGAGGGAAGUUUUCUCGCAUGGCUGCUUCGACUUGAAUGGAAACAUUCACACGUCCGGUCCAGCUGAAGUGGAUCCUUGGGAAGGAGCCGAAGCCCGGUCCCGUCGCAGAGAACAUGAAGCUUCACUUGAAGAUUUGAACUUGAAAUCAGAGGAGAGUCAAGACGUCAUCAGUAGAGGCAUGAGCACUGACGGCUCCGAGGCAGGGGUCAUGGAGGGAGGAGAAUAUUCAGUGGGGGGCAGCGAUGAAAGCCCCUCUGAAGCCGAGUUUCUGUCAGGGAGAGAUGAAGGCCCGACUGGAGCCCACGACGAGCAGAUGAGCCCGGACUGCUCGGAGGACAUGGAGGAUAGCGACUCUCUGGUGUCAGAGCGGCUCGUCUCGCCUGGAUCCAGAGCAGAGGGGCCGGGUCUCAGCUUCAGCCCAGCCUGGGCCCUGGCCUACUAUGGAGAGGAUUGUUUCGGUCCAGAAGUGAUCCAGUACGCUGGGAAUCUUGGGCAGCACACAGGAUCUCCACGCCUGGAUGUGAAAACACAGGAACUGCAGCAGCAGCUGAUGAUUGAAACAAGGAAUCUGAAGAAAACCAGAAAAUUCUACCUGAAGCUGAUUCAGCAAGAGAGAAAGAACAAAGGUUCAGAGAGCAAACUGAUGCCAUCCAAAAUCAAGACCCAGUUUGAAGAACUCCGAUCCAAAGUGCUCUUCUUGGACAGCGUGAAGAAAUACCUCGAGGUUCUGAGUGUGGACCAGUGGGGCCUGGAGGUUUCAUUACUGCCCUCCUUAGCCGUAUGUGGACCCUCCGUGGACGUCCAGUCCUCUGAGGAUCCAUCAGUUCUGAGUUAUGGUACAAGCAAAGGGAAGAGAACUCUGCAGGCGGGGUCUCCUGAGGGCCUCAUGGCUUACCUCUACGCCAGAAAUGCUGCCAUGGAGGGCUACAUCCAGCAGUUCCUGUACACCUACCGCUUCUUGUGCACGCCUGAGCAGCUGCUGCACUUCAUUAUGGAUAAAUUCAUCUGUGCAGCCAGACAAGGUCCGGACAUGUCAGGAGACAGUGAGAAGAUCUUUCAUCGCAGUCUGGACCUGCUUCAGUUCUGGGUAUCAGACUGCAGAGAGGUGGACUUCACAACUAAAUCAGGCCUCGUGGAAACAUUAGAAAACUUCCUGAACACUGAGGUGAUUCCUGUGGACAGUCGAGGGGAGGCCAUCCUUGCUGCCCUCCACAGCCCUGCAUGUAAGACUUGGAGCCGAUGUAGAGGAAGCCUGAGCAGCAUUGAAGAAGAUGAUGAUUCUUCGUGUGUGCACUCGUCCACUGAGGACCUCGGUAGAAAGUGGAGAUUCUCCAGAGUGGUUGAACACUCCUCCUCCGUGCCCAAAGAGAAGGCCUUCUCCAUCGCCGCCGCCCUGCCCAUGCCGUGCUACAGCUCCAUGCUGGACGACCUCUCUAAUGUGUGCCUUCACGGCGAGGAGCGGCUCCCCUUCAGCCAGAGUGACUACAGCGCUCAGCAUAUCGCCCAGCAGCUCACCCUGCUGCAGCAGGAAGUGUUCCAAGGAUGUCAUCCAUUUCACUUCCUCAACUCGAGAACUCAAGGAGUCAUGGACAAAGGGACGACCCCUAACAUGAAUGUGUCUCAGCAUGUCCCACCAGCAGAGGGCAGCAGUGUGUUUGAAUCUGAGGGGACGUCCUCAGACAGCUUCCUCCUGCGGCUGCUCACAUUCGCUGACAGUGUCUCCAACUGGAUCUCAGCUGAAAUAGUCAUCUGUGACUCUGUCAAGACUCAAGCUGCUGUGCUGACCAAGUAUCUGUGGAUCGGGAAACACUGCUACGAAGCGAGAAACUUUGCCACUGCCAUGCAGGUCCUUGGAGGUCUGGAGAACGUGAUUGUGAGGCAAUUACCCGCUUGGAAACAUCUGUCUACCAAGGUGUGUGAGAUCCUGGAGGAGCUACGAGCUGUGCAGGUGUUUCUGAAGAGUGAUGACCUGUGUCUGAUGGGAGGAGAACACACGAUGAGGAGGCCCACCCUGCCGUCUGCACACAUCCUGGCCAUGCACGUCCAGCAGUGUGAGAUCGGAGCGUUCACAUUAACCACGGGGACGUACAAGUGGACCAAGCUGAGGAGCAUAGCAAAGGUUGUGAGUCAGGUCCAUGCCUUCCAGGAGGGUGUGUGCCCCUACAACCCGGACCGGGAACUGCAGGUUUACCUCCGCAGCCGCAUCACCCGGCUCGCCACCUCCAACAUCCACCUUUUGGCCGCAGACAACGAUGCCAACUUCCAGCAGAGCAGUGAGCGACAAACACGGAGGAUCCAGGACACACUGAGGAGGGUUAAGGCCACUUUCCAAUGACCCGGUCAAACCUCGCAGCCCAGUGCCAGACACCAACACCGGGUCAACGCCCCCCAUGACCAAGCCCAGACUGAUAUUACUCAGACGCUUCUGUUGCCUGGCAACCAACUUUUUCAGCUUUCAAAGAUUCUCUUUUUGCCAAAGACCCCUUCAUACAUCAUUUCAUUAUAAGUUCAGACCCCCCCCCCCCCCCCCGGCAAACUUUCUUCACAACUCCCACUCUGUAAGAUUACACCAACAGGUUCCCCAACAGAUCUGUUGGCUUUUGAUAACAGUUUUCUUCCACAAUCACAGGAAAUAACGAUGUUUCAUGCACUGACUUUUUUUUUAUCAGUAUUUGUGAGUGAUUUGAAAUGUAGCUGUUUAAGCCUUUAGUAAGAAACACAAUGCACGUCCAACAUCAAGGCUGGAUUACCAACACGGAUACCCAGCGGUGGACGAACCCCGCUGAGUCACUGUGGAGCGGUGUGAGAAUGUAAUCACUUGUGAUUGGGUAUUUCAACCACUAAAGCACAAAACAAGAUGGCCACCCUCCUGUAGAGCUUUGCUUUCUAAUGCCAGACUGUGGGUCCUUGAAUUUGAUCCUGGCUGAAUUAUCUCAACAAUGAUCACAUUUAUUGAUUAAAAAAAGUUGUUUACGGUC